CAACGGCUCUCUUUUCUAUGUGGAAGCUGCAACACCGAAAUUUCUAAUUCAGUCGCUGGCGAGAAUUUCUAAUUCAGUCGUCCGCACGCUCGCUCUCUCUUGCUCAACUCUCACUUCGAUUUGUAAUUCCUGUCCCCGGCGUUCAUCAGCUACCCUCUUUCGGAUUCUCUCCAGUCCGCUACCCUCUUUUGGAUUCUCUCCAGUCAAAUUGCCCUCGCAAGAAGUAACUUCGCUGAAACCGGAGGCUGCCUGAUCUUCGCAAACAGGUAUUAUGUUAUGGGUUCUUUGAUGGGAUUCUUCGAUAUGCAAAAGAGCUUUGGCGUUCAUUGAAAAAGAUAGGAUUCAGAUUGCUUUACAUUGGGUGUUGUUAGUUUUCUUGCUUUAUCCAUUCUAGGUUUCUGGGUUUCCUUCUCCACUUAACUCUUUCCCUUUUUACUCAUUUAGGGUUUCUGGGUUUCCACUUAGUGAUGGAUAAUCACGAUUCCAGGAUUACCGUGCUAAAAUUGGCGGAUUAGGAGAAUUCUCAAGAGUGGAUUCGAGGACGGGGAGCCUUUCCCAGUGGAGUCCGCAGAGGAUAUGCAGGUAGCGAUCCACCUGCACAAGGAAAAUAUUUCACGAAGGAUCGUUCUUUACCGGGAAGGUCUCGAUCUUGAGUUUGCCUGGGCAGUUAAGAAAGCCGAGGAGAUUGGACUGGACUUUGAAAAGCGAGAUUAUUAAGGGGAACCUUCUCCCCCGAGGGUCAAUAUGCUUGACCACUGGUUGAGCCGGAAGGAUUAAACCAGUGGGAAUUAAUUUAUUCUCUUUGAAGACUCCUUCAGAGCACUUCAUAAUUAUAUCAGGUAUGGAGUUUUUCUGUGCCCUCAAAAUUCAUAUCAUGUUAAUCAGGAUCAUCCACCCCUUCUGUGUCAUGUACUCUUUAUCAUUUCCUCAAGGCUGAUGUUACUUUAGGAACUUCUGCCUUCCCCUGCCUUCUUGUUGUGGGUAUUUUUGCAUUGGAUGUUUUUCUAUUCAUUUGGUGUUCUUGUUCUAAUUUUCGUGUAGUUGUAGCUAUAUCCUGGUGCCUUAAAUAUAUGCCUUUCUUUUCAGAGAAGCAAAACCUGUGCUUGUACGGUUUUCCAUUUCAAGGCAAACAAUGGGAAGUCAAUUUGCCAGCUGAAGAAGUACCACCUGAGCUUCCAGAAGCUGCCUUGGGUAUUCACUUUGCAAGCGAUGGCAUACAAGAAAAAGACUGGCUAUCUUUUGUUGCUGUGCACAGAGAUGCAUGGUUGCUUUCUGCUGCAUUCUGUCUUGGGGCCAGAUUUGGAUUUGAUAAAGCUCACAGGUAUGCUCUAGGACAAUUCUCUGAGUUUGAUAUCUCGAGUCCAGUUGUUUAUGUGCUCUUUGGUGAACCGUAGUCUAAGUUUCCACCAGUUCUUGUGUUACGUAAUUGCUAUCUUUUGUUUUCAAAUGCAUUGGCAUUUUCGUUCUUGACAUGAUACUGUAGUUGUGGCAAAAUCUAAUGAAGAUAAUCCUGCAUAGAACAUAAUGAAGGAAUUGUCUAAAAAAAUUGAGAGCAUUUUGAGAACGUGAUUAAGAUUGGUUCUUCUGAAAUGCUGCAGGAAGAGACUCUUCACUAUGAUAAAUGAACUCCCAACUACAUUCGAGAUUGUGUCUGGUACAGUCACGAAACAAUCUAAGGAGAAGUCAUCCAUCUCAAACCACAACAGCAACAAAUCAAAGUCAACCUCCAAAGGGUUUACUGUUGACUUCAAUCCUUCUCAAACUUGGUAUCCAGAAGUCUGUUGUGAAAGAGUCGGUUCUGAUCAUGCCACAUUUCGACUUUCAACUUGAAACGCAUUAUAGAAGUGGAAGAAUAUCAUGCCGUUUUGUGCCAGUGAGCAAGAUUCUGAAGCCAUUGCUGCUAGAGCAUGGUAAUGUUGGUCUGAUUUUCACUAAAGGUGACCUGAAGGAAGUCAUCGAGGAAGUGGGCAAGUACAAGGUCGGAGCACCUGCUCGUGUUGGUCUGGUUGCCCCAAUUGAUGUUGUUGUGCCUCCUGGAAACACUGGACUCGAUCCAUCUCAUAAAUCUUUCUUCCAGGUGCUGAACAUUCCCAUCAAGAUUAACAAGGGGAUUGUCGAAAUCAUCACCCCUGUGGAGCUGAUUAGGAAGGGUGACAAGGCCGGGUCUUCAGAGGCUGCCCUUCUUGCUAAGGUGGCCGAAUCUGUCUAUGACGAUGGGUUGGUCUUUAUCCCUGAGGUUCUCGAUCUUACAGAAGAUAUGGGGAAGUUUGCCUCUUGUGUCUCCAUGGUUACUGCACUCUCGCUUGCCAUUGCAUACCCGACUCUGGCUGCUGCGCCCCACAUGUUUGCCGAUGCCUACAAGAAUGUCUUGGCCAUUGCUGUGGGAGACAGAUUACACCUACCCUCAGGCAGAGCAAGUAAAAGAGUACUUGAAGGAUCCGAGCAACUUUGGCUGCUGCCAAGGAAGAGGAGAAGAAACCAGAGCCUGAAGAGGAGUCUGAUGCCGAUGGUUUGAGCUUCAGUCUGUUUGACUAUAAAGUUUCCCCAAACCAGUUGUUAUAGGACCCCCAAAGUUUUGGUUUGUGGAUGAUACUAUCUGAUUUGGUGUCUACAGUUGAAAUUUUGCUGCACUGUUUUCUUUUCUUGUUGAGACGUUUAGAAUGGUGUUGCUGGUUAUUAAUGGAAUCCUGUUUUUACUUGAUCGAUCAUUCCCUUCUGUUCUGCUGUGUCUUCAUCGGAGCCACUGUUUCGGUAUGUUCAUUUUUUAGUCUUUCUACUUUUGAACUAAAGUUUGUAGUAAAUUUCCCAAUGGUAGAUAAUCUGGGAUGGAACACCCCAGUUGUCUCCUUUGAGACAACAAAUUGGAUGUCAAUAU